UGCUUAUUUCUGAUUUAAGGCUUGUUUUGACGAAGACCGAGCUGAUGAGGCACUCAAGAGCUUGUAUUAAAUCAGUAAUAGACAGAAGUGGGCAGCUUGUAUAUGCACUGUGGGAUACACUUGUUCCUAUAUUUAUCUUUUGUGUUUUGAGAGAAGGUUACAAAUAUUUUUAUAUAUACACACACACACAUAAAAGAGCGAGAGUGAGCAAGCUCACAUUCCAAGAGAAGUUUUCUGGCUAUGUCAGGACUGAAGUCCACCCCUUGCUAGACAAACCUAUUUUUUUCAAACACAAGAGGAUAUUAUCAGAGAAGUCCGUGCUGAUAUACAGAAACCAGAGAUCGCCAUGGCUCAGUGAGGUGACGAGCUGACGGGUGGAUGGCGCCCAUUAUCUCCACUUCUCAGUCCUGAAAAAGUUUUCCUGAAAAACUGCAAGGGGAGAGAAGGCACCAACAGAACAUAAGGAACUCAAUACAAGAAAAGGAUUAGGAGUGAGGAGCAAGGAAAGGAAGAGCAAGAUAGAUAUUGUGGAGGCUUCAGAGAGCUAAAAAGUAGUUUUUAGAUGAAAGGACCAAGUUGUCAGUAGCUCCGGUUUUUGGUUUUUAAGUUCUGCGCAAGGCUAUUACAUACAAUAACUGCAUUAGGAAACAAUCGUCUAAAAGAAAUUUACCUCCUUUAUAUUGGGAAAAUAUAUUCAACUCAGUGGUUUCAACGCUUCUUGGAAUUUUGAAACAUGUUUCAAGCCUUUGUUCGGCAAGCAUACCAACCGCUAUCCAGCCACCAGCAAGGGGAAUCUGAAACGAAGUACAAGGGGAAGCUGGUGCAUGAAACUCAGCUCAACUGCUUCUACAUCAAACCUGGAGGUUCCAACUAUGGGAGUCCCCGUCCAGCUCAUGCCAACAUGAAUGCCAAUGCAGCUGCAGGGCUUGCCCCAGAGCAUAUCCCUACACCAGGGGCAGCUCUGUCCUGGCAAGCUGCAAUUGAUGCUGCCAGGCAAGCCAAAUUGAUGGGUAGUGCUGGCAAUGCAACAAUAUCCACAGCUAGCUCCACGCAGAGAAAACGGCAGCAGUAUGGGAAACAGAAAAAACAGGGUACCACGACAGCUACGCGUCCUCCCCGGGCACUGCUGUGUUUAACACUGAAAAAUCCCAUCCGGAGGGCAUGCAUCAGCAUCGUCGAAUGGAAACCAUUUGAAAUAAUUAUUUUACUGACUAUUUUUGCCAAUUGUGUGGCCUUAGCUAUCUAUAUCCCCUUUCCAGAAGAUGAUUCCAAUGCCACCAAUUCCAAUCUGGAACGAGUGGAAUAUCUCUUUCUCAUAAUUUUUACAGUGGAAGCAUUUUUAAAAGUAAUAGCAUAUGGACUUCUCUUUCAUCCCAACGCUUACCUCCGCAAUGGCUGGAAUUUACUAGAUUUUAUAAUUGUGGUAGUAGGGCUUUUUAGUGCAAUUUUAGAACAAGCAACCAAAGCAGAUGGGGGGAAUUCAAUAGGAGGAAAAGGUGCCGGAUUUGAUGUUAAAGCACUGCGGGCUUUCCGAGUCUUACGUCCCUUACGACUGGUGUCUGGAGUUCCUAGUCUCCAGGUGGUUUUAAAUUCAAUUAUCAAGGCCAUGGUCCCUUUGUUGCAUAUUGCCCUGCUGGUGCUGUUUGUCAUCAUUAUCUAUGCCAUCAUUGGACUGGAAUUAUUCAUGGGAAAGAUGCAUAAGACCUGCUACCAUGUGCAAGGGGGGCUGAUAGAUACACCUGCAGAAGAUGACCCAUCUCCCUGUGCACCCCAGUCUGCACAUGGGCGGCAGUGCCAGAAUGGAACCGAGUGCAAGGCAGGCUGGGAGGGACCCAAGCACGGCAUUACAAACUUUGACAAUUUUGCUUUUGCCAUGCUGACAGUGUUUCAGUGCAUCACAAUGGAGGGAUGGACAGAUGUACUCUACUGGGUCAAUGAUGCCAUAGGAAGGGACUGGCCCUGGAUCUAUUUUGUUACACUAAUCAUCAUAGGGUCAUUUUUUGUACUUAACUUGGUUCUCGGUGUACUUAGCGGGGAAUUUUCCAAGGAAAGAGAGAAGGCUAAGGCUCGGGGAGAUUUCCAAAAGUUACGGGAAAAGCAACAGCUAGAAGAGGAUUUGAAGGGCUAUUUAGACUGGAUAACUCAAGCAGAAGAUAUUGACCCAGAAAAUGAAGAUGAAGGCAUGGAUGAGGAGAAGCCUCGAAACAUGAGCAUGCCCACCAGUGAGACCGAGUCCGUGAACACAGACAACGUCCCUGGAACAGAUAUUGAAGGAGAAAACUGCGGUGCUAGGCUAGCGCAUCGGAUCUCCAAAUCUAAAUUUAGUCGCUAUUGGCGCCGAUGGAAUCGAUUCUGCAGACGAAAGUGCCGUGCUGCUGUCAAGUCCAAUGUUUUCUACUGGUUGGUGAUCUUCCUUGUGUUUCUCAACACCCUUACCAUUGCUUCUGAACACUACAACCAGCCAGACUGGCUCACUGAGGUUCAAGACACUGCCAAUAAGGUGCUGCUAGCUCUUUUCACGGCAGAGAUGCUGCUGAAGAUGUACAGCCUUGGUCUCCAGGCCUAUUUUGUGUCCCUCUUCAACCGCUUUGACUGUUUCAUUGUGUGUGGAGGAAUCCUGGAAACCAUUCUGGUUGAGACGAAGAUCAUGUCACCACUGGGCAUUUCUGUGUUGAGAUGUGUUCGGCUAUUAAGAAUAUUUAAAAUCACAAGAUAUUGGAACUCCCUGAGCAACCUAGUGGCUUCACUCCUGAAUUCAGUCCGUUCCAUUGCCUCCCUCCUGCUGCUCCUCUUCCUCUUUAUCAUCAUCUUCUCCCUGCUGGGGAUGCAGCUUUUUGGGGGCAAGUUUAACUUUGAUGAAAUGCAGACCAGGAGGAGUACAUUUGACAACUUCCCCCAGUCUCUCCUCACUGUGUUUCAGAUCCUGACUGGGGAGGACUGGAAUUCGGUGAUGUAUGAUGGGAUCAUGGCUUAUGGCGGCCCCUCUUUUCCAGGAAUGUUGGUCUGUAUUUACUUCAUCAUCCUCUUCAUCUGUGGGAACUACAUCCUCCUGAAUGUCUUUUUGGCCAUUGCUGUGGACAACCUUGCUGAUGCGGAGAGUUUAACAUCUGCACAGAAAGAGGAGGAAGAGGAAAAAGAAAGGAAAAAACUAGCUAGGACUGCUAGUCCUGAAAAGAAACAGGAGAUAGAGAAAACAGCUGUGGAGGAGGAGACAAAGGAGGAGAAAAUUGAGCUGAAAUCGAUCACUGCUGAUGGAGAAUCGCCACCUGCUACAAAGAUCAACAUGGAUGACUAUCAGCCAAAUGAAAAUGAAGAAAAGAGCCCAUAUCCCACAACAGAAGCACCAGCAGAGGAAGAUGAGGAAGAACCUGAGAUGCCUGUUGGCCCUCGGCCUCGCCCAAUGUCUGAGCUGCACCUCAAGGAAAAGGCUGUGCCCAUGCCUGAUGCCAGCGCAUUUUUCAUCUUCAGUCCUAACAACAGGUUUCGUGUCCACUGCCAUCGAAUCGUUAACGAUAACAUUUUCACCAACCUGAUCCUAUUUUUCAUCUUGCUCAGCAGCAUCUCCUUGGCAGCUGAGGACCCCGUCCGACACCUCUCCUUUAGGAAUCAAGUUCUCUUUUAUUUUGAUAUAGUUUUUACUGUCAUUUUCACCAUUGAAAUUGCUCUGAAGAUCCUAGGCAAUGCAGACUAUGUCUUCACUAGUAUCUUUACAUUAGAAAUUAUUCUUAAGAUGACCGCAUACGGGGCUUUCCUCCAUAAGGGCUCCUUCUGCAGAAACUAUUUCAACAUCUUAGACCUGCUGGUGGUCAGCGUUUCUCUCAUCUCUUUUGGAAUCCAAUCCAGCGCCAUCAAUGUGGUGAAGAUUUUGCGUGUUCUGCGAGUGCUUAGACCACUGAGGGCCAUCAACAGAGCCAAAGGACUAAAGCAUGUAGUCCAGUGUGUGUUUGUUGCCAUCCGAACCAUCGGAAACAUUGUGAUUGUCACCACUUUGCUGCAGUUCAUGUUUGCCUGCAUUGGAGUUCAGUUGUUUAAGGGCAAACUCUACAGCUGCACUGACAGCUCCAAGCAGACUGAAGCAGAAUGCAGAGGAUACUACAUCACAUACAAGGAUGGUGAGGUCAGUCAGCCAAUGAUCCAGCCCCGGAGCUGGGAGAACAGCAAGUUUGACUUCGACAAUGUCUUGACUGCCAUGAUGGCCCUCUUCACUGUCUCAACCUUUGAGGGCUGGCCAGAGUUGCUGUAUAGGUCCAUUGAUUCCCACAUGGAGGAUGUGGGACCCAUCUAUAAUCACAGGGUUGAGAUCUCCAUCUUCUUUAUUAUCUACAUCAUCAUCAUUGCUUUCUUCAUGAUGAACAUCUUCGUUGGUUUCGUCAUCGUCACAUUUCAGGAACAAGGAGAACAAGAAUACAAGAACUGUGAGCUGGACAAGAACCAGCGCCAGUGCGUAGAGUAUGCCCUGAAGGCCCGGCCCCUGCGGAGAUACAUCCCAAAAAAUCAGUACCAGUACAAAGUUUGGUAUGUGGUCAACUCCACCUAUUUUGAAUACCUGAUGUUCGUUUUGAUCCUGCUGAACACCAUCUGUCUGGCCAUGCAACACUACGGUCAGAGCUGCAUGUUCAAGGAAGCCAUGAACAUCCUCAACAUGCUUUUCACUGGGCUCUUCACUGUCGAGAUGGUCCUGAAGUUAAUUGCCUUCAAACCCAAGCACUAUUUCUGUGAUGCAUGGAAUACAUUUGACGCCUUGAUUGUUGUGGGUAGCAUUGUUGAUAUAGCAAUCACCGAGGUGAACCCAGCUGAAAAUACCCAAUGCUCUUCCUCUAUGAACGCAGAGGAAAACUCUCGCAUCUCAAUCACCUUCUUCCGACUCUUCCGUGUGAUGCGUCUUGUGAAGCUCCUGAGCCGAGGGGAGGGCAUCCGGACACUGCUUUGGACCUUCAUCAAAUCCUUCCAGGCUCUCCCCUAUGUGGCUCUUCUAAUAGUGAUGUUGUUCUUCAUCUACGCCGUGAUCGGGAUGCAGGUAUUUGGUAAAAUUGCGCUGAAUGAUACCACAGAAAUCAACCGCAACAACAACUUUCAGACCUUCCCCCAGGCGGUGCUGCUGCUUUUCAGGUGUGCCACCGGUGAGGCCUGGCAGGAAAUCAUGCUGGCGUGUCUCCCAGACAAGAAGUGCGACCCAGAGUCAGAGCCGGCCAACUCCACUGAAGCUGACCACUCCUGUGGCAGCAGCUUUGCUGUCUUCUACUUCAUAAGCUUCUACAUGCUCUGUGCCUUCCUGAUCAUCAAUCUUUUUGUAGCUGUUAUAAUGGAUAACUUCGAUUACCUGACACGGGACUGGUCCAUUUUAGGACCACACCACCUAGAUGAGUUUAAAAGGAUCUGGGCAGAGUAUGACCCUGAAGCCAAGGGACGGAUCAAGCACUUGGACGUGGUGACAUUGCUCCGGCGGAUUCAGCCUCCACUGGGCUUCGGGAAGCUUUGCCCUCACCGAGUGGCUUGCAAACGCCUUGUCUCCAUGAAUAUGCCAUUGAACAGCGAUGGAACUGUCAUGUUCAAUGCCACUCUCUUUGCACUGGUCAGAACUGCACUGAGGAUCAAGACGGAAGGUAACCUGGAGCAAGCCAAUGAAGAGCUUAGAGCAAUAAUUAAGAAAAUCUGGAAGCGCACCAGUAUGAAGUUGCUGGACCAGGUGGUGCCUCCUGCAGGUGAUGAUGAGGUGACUGUUGGGAAGUUCUACGCCACUUUCCUGAUUCAAGAGUAUUUCCGGAAGUUCAAGAAACGCAAAGAGCAGGGCCUGGUGGGCAAGCCUUCCCAGCGCAACGCACUCUCCUUGCAGGCUGGUUUGCGCACACUUCACGACAUUGGUCCAGAGAUCCGACGAGCAAUCUCUGGAGACCUGACAGCUGAAGAAGAGCUAGAUAAGGCUAUGAAAGAAGCUGUUUCUGCUGCCUCUGAAGAUGAUAUCUUCCGGAGAGCCGGAGGCUUGUUUGGAAACCAUGUCAGCUAUUACCAAAGUGAUGGCAGGAGUGCGUUCCCCCAGACAUUCACCACCCAGCGACCUUUGCACAUCAAUAAAUCUGGCAACAACCAGGGAGAUACCGAGUCUCCAUCUCACGAGAAGUUGGUGGACUCCACCUUCACUCCCAGCAGCUACUCAUCUUCAGGCUCCAAUGCAAACAUCAACAAUGCCAACAACACUGCCCUGUGCCGCUUCCCAAGCCCACCCAGCUACCCCAGCACUGUCAGCACAGUGGAAGGCCAUGGGACUCCAUUGUCUCCCACCAUACGUGUGCAAGAAGCUCCUUGGAAAUUACCAUCCAAAAGCUCCAGUUCCAGAGACAGCCAGCUGGCAAUUGUUUGCCAAGAGGAAGUGUCUCAGGAUGAGACUUAUGAUGAAAAUUUGAAUGAAGACAUUGAGUACUGUAGUGAACCAAGUCUGCUCUCUACUGAAAUGCUCGCAUACCAAGAUGAUGAAAACAGACAACUUACUCCACCAGAAAACAACAAAGGAGAGGACACCCGGCACUCUCCAAAGAAAGGGUUUCUGUGCUCCUCAGCACUAGGCCGACGAGCAUCUUUUCACUUAGAGUGUCUGAAAAGACAGAAAAACCAGGGCGUAGAUGUCUCGCAGAAGACAGUUCUGCCUUUACAAAUGGUACAUCAUCAGGCAUUGGCGGUGGCCGGCCUGAGCCCCCUCCUCCAGCGAAGCCAUUCCCCCACCACGUUCUCCCGGCUGUGCGCCACACCACCUGCUACACCCUGCAGCCGAGGCUGGCCACAGCAGCCCAUCCCGACGCUGCGCCUCGAGGGGGCUGAGUCCAGCGAGAAGCUCAACAGCAGCUUCCCCUCCGUGCACUGCAGCUCCAGGUUCCCCGACAGCUCUGACUGUGGCAGCCCAAGAAGAGCCAGGCCGGUGUCCCUCACCGUCCCCAGCCAGACAGCGGGGAGCAGCAGGCAGUUCCAUGGCAGCGCCAGCAGCCUGGUCGAAGCGGUAUUGAUUUCGGAAGGACUGAUGCAGUUUGCUCAAGAUCCAAAGUUCAUUGAGGUCACGACCCAGGAACUCGCUGAUGCUUGCGACAUGACGAUAGAAGAGAUGGAAAACGCAGCAGACAACAUUCUCAAUGGUAACAGCAAGCAGAGCCCCAAUGGCAACCUGUUGCCUUUUGUUAACUGCAGGGACGCAGGGCAGGACAGUGCAGGCGAGGAAGAGGAAGAGGUGCAGAACCCGGAUUGUAGAAAAAGUCAGGAGGAGCUGAAGGACAGCAGGAUUUAUAUCAGCAGCCUGUAGUUGCCAGGGCUGGAAGCAAUGCUGGUUUUUUAUUUGUUUCAAUGUUCCUAAUGGGUUUGUUUCAGAAGUGCCUCACUGUUCUCGUGACCUGGAGUAACCGGAACAGCGUUCUUCAUUCAUUUCUGUUGGGACGAGUCGCAGAGUUGGGUGGUGGCAGAGAGCUUGUCAGGAGCGGAUAGGACCCCGGCACGCGGCCGCCUGGAAAGAGCGCGGCGCCCAGGAGGAGAGCCAGCUCCCUCUUUUUCCAGUCCCUGCACAAGGCACGACGACUGCCUCCCAAGGGCGGCCCAGCCAAACGCGCCUAGCCUCCAGCGGGCAUCCUUCAACUUUGCUUGUAAAAAUCAUUUUGCACAUGUUCUGUCCGAGCCUCACCACCCCCAGCCACCCCGGCCCCGCCGCCCGGGCCCGGAGGACGCAGCACCGCCAAAAGGGGAGCGCGGGGACUGCAGUGGCUCCUGCUGUUGGCCAAUCAGAGCUCGAGGGUUGCUCACCAGCCAACCCGAGUGCGGGCACGCCACCUGCCGACCAAUUGGAGCUCAGACAGCCGGCCCCGCCAGCCAGUGGGAGAGUGGGGAGUGGCCAGGCACGGGUCUCUCCUUGUCCCGCAGUUCGGUGUUUCCUUGAGAGCAUGUUGCGGUUUUUAUUUUGACUAUUUUAUUUUUAUUAUAAUUUUUCAGAGGGAGAAGGGAGUGUUUACAAGGUUCUGUAACCACCGACCUUUUUGUUUGGGUUUAUUUUCACCUUUGCAGAUGUUACGUUGGUUUGACCAUUGUUGUAUUAUUUAAGCCAGGUUCUUUUCUCCAUUGGCGUUUGGUAGAAGCAUAACGCUGUAGGCGAGUUUUACCGAUCACUAUGUACACCGAGACUCUGUCAUUUGAUUUGCAAGCGAGCAGAACCUCCUUUUUUUGUUGUUGUGUUAUCAUAUAAUGGCAGUGGGCAGCGCGCUUGGCACAGCCCCACACGUCCCAGGGACCAAUGGGGCCGUUGGGAUGCAGUGCCAAAGCUAGCACCUGCUGUCGGGAGGGGAAUCAGUAACUCUUUGCAUCUUCUGUUCCACAAGAUAUGCAAAAACAAUGCAAUAAUAUUAAUUUUAAAAUACAAUCGUGAGUCGUGUUGGCAUUAAAACUGUAUAGAAAAAAAAAAAAAAAACUAAUGGGGUGGGGGGACAACCAAGCAGAAGGCGUUACGCUUCAAUAUAUUCCGUGUGAUGUUUUAUUGCAUUGAUGAUGUUUCUGUUGAAGAAACCGUUAUACUUGAAUUCAGGUCAGUUUCGGUAUUUUUCAAAUAUUUUUUUAAAAGGAAUUGCAAUUGUGCCAAGCAAAUAUAUCAAAUCGAAUUAAGUUUGUUUAAGAAGAAAAAAAAGAAAAACAGAAAAAAACAGUCACUUCUUGUAUAUUUUGCUGCAUGUCAAGUGAAUCAUUUCGUAUUUGGAAUGUGCCAAGCUUUACCUUUGAACUUUUAAGUGCUUUUCUACGUGUGGUCGGGGACAGGGGUACUAUUUUUUUUCCAUUUUUAAUUUGUACAAUGAACAAAGUGUACCUGGUGUAAGUGACUAUUCUGCAAUCCACUGACGGGUCAAACGUUACUGAUUUUGCAUAUCUUGUGUUCAUUACCCUUCCUCCUCAGCUCUUUAAACAUGCACGAUGACUUUGUUGGUAGAGUACCUUUCUUCCCGAGGCCGGGAUGUUUUUUCAGGCUUUGUUCUCUUUCCUUUUGCUCAGCCUCUCCGAAGGUCUCUUCCCACGAGAGGGUGGUGAGAUCCCCAAGCCCAUGUGAAAGAUCCAUCCUAUUUCUUCAGCUGGCACCAGCAAUUCAGGGAGGGAGAAAGCACCUGCUUGCAGACUGAGGUUAGAUAGUUCAUCCUGAUCAUUGUAACAGGAUCUUGGAAUAAGCAAAUGCAAAUGGCAGAAUCGUUUGCAAAAUAAAUGUGCCUAAUUCUGGACUGAAAGCACUGGGUGAGGGACAGAGCUCUGGAUUGUUGCUUAGGAAAAUUGCUGUGGUCUGGUCAUGACACGGAUGUUUGGUGACUUUUGUGUGUUUCCGUGCACAUUCCCAGACCUUAGCAUAUGGGUCAUGCUCCAAGUCACAAAACAUCCGAUGGCGCAGCAUGUCCCAGCCAUAUUUCCCUGCUGCUGAGUGUGAACCUCUCCUGAUUCACCCCACGAUGGUACAUGGCCUUAACCUGUGGCAGAGGCUGAAAAACCAGGGAGAUAUUAUUAGAUUUUAUGUGUCUGAUUUCUGUCUAGACUGCUGCUGGUUUUCUCCCUUUUCAAGAUGUUUCAUAAAUUUGCAGAUGAGUGCUCAGAGGUGUGAUCUGACUCAGAGCUAAACUUUCAUUCCAGUCUUGAGCUUCACAGAUGUUUGAGUACAUCAUUUAUUACGUAUUUUUGUAAUGCCCUUGGGUUUACUUCUUGACUCUGCUGGGGCCAUUAAGCAGAAAUAGUGGAAGAUAUUUUUGAAAGUGCACUUUUUCCUUGUUAUUUUGAACUGGCCAGUAGCAGCUCAAGAUGCCUUGCCAACAAAUUCUUUUAAACUGGGGAAAUGUGAACCCACUUAAGCAACCAUCUGGCAUCAGAGUCCCAAUCCAAGUCUUUGGAGAAAGCAACCACCUGAAGUCUGUCAGCCUCAUUUUUCCAUCCCUCUCGUCUGUACCAAGAUUGGCAUGUGAGCAGUUCUCCCCUUGUGAGUUUGUUGUUGGUAGCUCUGCAGCGCUCGAAAGCUACUUGAAAGGAAAUAAUGCUAUGCUGGCUGUUUUCUGAAAACGAAAGCAGCAAAGGGGCUCCCUAUCUCAUUUUCCUCCACUAGAAAGUCCCCCUGGCCCUCCCAGUAAGAGACAGAGGUGCUCCUUGCUCCUGAUUAACAAAGUACUGGCCUAGACCAGCGGAGGCAAGAGGCAUUAUGGAUGUCUGCCAGCACUUGUCAUCUUUUAGGACUUUUCCUGAAGGGAAGGAGAAAAAUGGAAAGGACUGUGCCUUGCACAUUGCUGGUGAAGCUGUGGCUCCCCCAUGGGUCAAAGCCGACAAUAGCCAGGAAAUACCCGCAGCCUACUGGAAAAUGGCUUAGCUCCUGCAGAGAAGUGCAUGGCUAGCAGAGCAUGCAGAUGCCUUGUGCUGUCUGAGGGGCAGGUGUUCAAUAUAGGCAUUGCUGGUGCCAGCUGUGCAAUUUUCUCUUUCUGGAGAGGGUGGCUUUUUUUUGUUUCUUUUUAUUUGAGGUACACGCAAUGUGCACAUUGUGACAGGUCUGAGCAAAGAGCUACUGUGCUCCUUCAGGUGGGGUGGAGUCUGGGGGUGAUGGAAGUGGGGCAGGCAAAGUACAUGGGAGUCCUUUCUCUCCCAGUGUGUGGGAGUAGAUGGUGGGUACAGUCACUGUGCUGUGGAUGGAAGCCAUGGAGGAACCAAUGGCCAAGGAGUGGCAUGGAAGGAAGGAAAGAAAGGGGAAAACAAUCUGCUGUUUGGCACUAAGCAUCUCUGACUUGCAGAAGUACACUGCAGACUAAAGACAUUUCUUACAAACAACAAACCUCAUCCCUUUACCAUUCCUGCUCAUUACUCUGGGCAGUACUGAUCCAGCCACACCGGGUGCAUUUCUUUUUUCUUCCUUAUUCUGUGUGGCUGAUGUGACAGGGAAGCAAGCGGAACUCGUGGUCCAGAGCUGGAGUUUCACCAUCCACAGACCUUUUUUGCAUCACCUGUAUCUUCAGCUGGACAUACGGAUGAUGACGGCGUGGAUGCUGCUGCUACUGCAGGGUCCAGCCUGGUUUGUUACCCUGCCCAUUUCACCCAGCACGGAAGGACAGCCGGACAACCAGAGAGGUGCCAUGUACAGAACCGCAUCUAUUUCUGCUUUGUUUUCUGACUCAGAACCCUGCCCCCAGUGACUAUGACAACGAUGAUGAAAACAACAACAACAAAAAAAGGGCAAAUGCAUUUUUUACAUUUCUUGAUAAUUUCCAAAGCAAUGUAUCAUUGCUUUCUUUAGACUGACGCCAAUAUAACAGUUGUAUGGGUCUCAGCCAGGCUCCUGUGUCUUUUCUGCCUGAUAGUUUCAGAUUGCUGUAUGAAAUGUAUGCGCGUUUGCACACAGACACAAUCGCACAAGGUGACAGCACCACGAGCCCGUGGGGUUGCGGACUUGUGUUGAAGGUGAAGCUGGAGGCCUUGCUUCAUACGUCUAGGUGAGAAACCCCAACCCAUGGGCCCAGAAAGCUGAAGUGGGGAAUCCCCACUGAGUCAGAACUGAGCAUCCUAUGGUAUGGGCCAGUUGAGACUGUCCCAGGAUAGGGUGGGAAGAGGAACAGUGAGCGGGAAACAAAGUAAAUAGAAUCCAUUCAGAGGCUUCCGGCAGUGGUGAGAUUUUGUAAGUUCCAAUAAUUAAUUUGUAGUAUGUACUAAAAAUACAUAUAUUCCCGGCCAUCAGAAGCCCUGUUCCCAUCUUGCUAACACAAGGACAGAGUUCACUAGUGGUCAGGGAGGUUUUACUAAUGUAAAAGAUGUGGAAAACAGAACUGAGCCUAGAAAGAACUUAAUAAUAUUUUUCCUACAUUUCUUCUCCAAAGAUUAAGAAAUGCAGAUUUCAAUAGCUGCAUAGGAUUUCUUUUCUCAUCUUUUGAAUGUUGCAAAGAUAUUAAAGUCUCAUUCUGGGUUAGAAAGCCCAGGGAUCCAAAAGGUUUCCAAUGGGGAUCUCAGUCUGUGGAGCUUUGCUCUCUCUUGCUUUGUUUCUGGACAGCUGAAUUGUGGCCUUGCUGCUCCAGUGCCUGAGAAGGUAUGGCUGAAGGCAGAAACACAGCGAAAAGAAAUCCUGUACUGAAAACAGACCAAGCUAUAACUGCUAUCAGAGCAGUAGCAUCACACUGGAGUGGAAAAAUCCUUUUCUGAAGAGAAAUUUAGUGUUCUAGUUCAAUCUUCCAUCUUUCCCCCACCCUAUGCAGGGAACGUGACUUAACUGUUAACACAUGAUUUUAAAACAGGCCUUUAAGGGCACAGACCUUGAUUGAGCUGCCAAAAUGUGUGUAUCCUCUGCUAUCUGAGAAACCCUGCAGUAUUCUGCCCAGCCUGCAACAGAAGAAGUUCCAGGAGGGCAAAACAUUUCCCCUUGACUGGUGCCAUGUCUGCCAGCCCCAUGUGUGCUGUGUGGGCCUCAGGCGGCAGGGGACAGUUAGGCAACUUAACCAAGUCCCUUUCUGAAGGGCUAACCAAGCCGAGCAGCACCAACGGCUGAAGUAAGGAGGAAAUCUUCUUUAGCAUUACCAAGGGCUUAGCAAGGCAUGACUGGGAGCCCAUCUCCAUGCUCCCAUGCUGUUCUCCCACCCCACGCCAUGCGGCCAAGCCCUGCUCCUAUGGCCUGGAGCCCUGGCACCCUGCCCAGCCCUCACCUAGCACAGGCCUAGUGCCUGCACCCCAGGCCCUCGGAGUAGCAGCAAGAGCAGGCAUGGUCCCACCACACAGUGCAUUUUUUUUUUCUGACAGCGUUCAAAUAACCCCUUUCCAAAGCAUUUUCCUAUUCAAGACAGACCCAUGGGCUCAGACACCAUUCAUUAGCCUCAUCAUUCUGAGGAUAAAAUACCUGUUUUUCUGUUUCGUUUUGCAUUUUGUCCAGUCAGGCAAAAUGCAAACUCUUCCUCAAAAAGGCUGUAAUGCCUUUUAUUUUCUUAUUUUUUUCUAAUAGUUUAAGCAUCCUAAGCCAGUCCACUCCCAUCCUAAGCAGGUAGACUGGUAACCAAUACUACCUAAAUAUCAUCAACUUCACGACUGCUCAUUGGAGUGAUUGGUUCAGGAUUAUUCAGUCUUGACAAUUUGAAUGUGGGAAGAUUUCAGAGGAGGAGGAGUCAGAUUGUAAAUAUCUCUUUGACAACACUGCUGCAUCACACACAAAAACGGGGAGAUACUUUUAAAACUGCCUUAAAAAUCAAUUCCGAAUGACGGAGUCUCCCUCCAAACAAUUGCCACUUGGUAGACCAAGGGAUAAGUCGCUUUGGGUAAAUUCUAGCAAGAAGUGGUUGGAAUCUGGUCCAGUUUGGGAAGUGUAAAUGUAAUUUAGGAGCUGAUCUCUCUCUCAGUCUGACUUCAUAUCCACACUAACGACUGAGCACUGCAGGAUCAAAACUCCUUAAGGCAUGGGGUUGCUGUACCUGGCCUGUAUCUGUAUGGCGCGGUCUGGCCUGGCAAGGUACUGCAUACCUGUGUUUCCCGGUGACUUCAGGGAAGAUGGGGUUUCCUCAGCACCUCUUCAGUUCAGGCCCUGGAGCAACAUUUCCUGCUCUGAUCAUCAGCUAUAACUGUUGAUAAAUAUAAGUGUUUUGCCUUCAUUUGAAUUGCCCAGAGCUGUAAAAUGACCUCUCUCAAGUAUAAACCAGUCAGUCACCUCCUCUCCCACUCUUCCCUGUGCUCUCUGCCCACCCCAGCCCUCCUCUCACCUCCGCCCAAGUCCUUUCCUCUCUCAAGUCUUUACCUCCUUCCACAAUUUUAUAUCUAGUUUUCAUGAAGCCACAGAAAUGCUUUUGUAAAUAAUGCUGUACAGUUUGUAACCAUCAUGUAAGCCUGUCAUCAGUGCCAGAGUCCGUCUUGCCCUCUCGCACGUUUUAAAGUCAACAGAGAAAAGUUAGAGUGAAUGGCCUGCAAGCGAGCUAUAGGGUCAUCUCUGUGUGGGACAAAUGUAUAUUCCUGUAAGAUUGCAUUUUUAUCUAAGGAAUGAUGUUAUUUUAAAAUUGCUAAUAAAUUUCUAAACAAUG